AUGAAUAAGAAUAAAAGAAACGAAUAAUUUAUAAGAGAAAAUAAUAUUGCACAAUAUGCUGAAAGAAUUUUAGAAGAAACAACUUUUUAAAAAGUUUAAAGUAAUUUAAACUAUAUUUUAGGGAUUAAAAUUACAUAUAAUGGUUAAACAAAUAUAUGGGGAUCAGAAUAAAAAGUUAAAAUUUAAGAAUAUUCAUAAAAAGAAUAAAUUAGUUAUUAAUCAGCAAUUAGUUGUGUUCUCAAAUAUAUAAAUAUAGAUUAUAAAAUAUUCACUGCUUGAAUAAAAUGAAGUUACUAAUUAAGGAGUUUUAAAAUAAAUUGUAUGA